AACAGGCAGCGGCGCGCCGGAGUCAUCGAUCGCCGCCCUUCCACGCCUGCUGCCCAGCCCUGCCCCUCAGGUCACCUCACAGGUGGGGGUGUUUUGGCCCGUAUUUAACCCGCGAGGGGCUUGAAAUUCAAAAUAUAUCAAUGGCAGUCUCAUUAUCCUUUGGUAAUUCUGGAAUUUCCACCAAGAUUGUUUUAAAAACUCGUUUGGCAGUAUUCCAGGAACCAAACUGUUGAUCUGGGGGACACCCACUUGAAAAAGGCUCAAGGCGCUUCUGGACAAGGCAGCGCCAGCCGGGCCCGGAGGUUCCAGCGACUCCCGCGGACGCUCCACCUGCGCGCCCCCAGCGAGGUUUCCGGGAACCGCGGCGCGGCGCUCGGCGGACCGAGGCGGGGAACCAUGGCAACUGAUGAAGAUAACAAAAAACAAAUUCUUAAGGAGUAUGGGCCAGCUGAAGAAUUUAUGAAAGAUGAACAAAACCAGAAAUUAAUUAGUGAAAUUGAAAAGGAAAAUACUCAGUUAAAGGAGGAGAUCCAAAAGCUUGAAGCUGAGUUGCAAGCGACAACCAGGAACUCCCAGAUUAACGAGGAUAUUCCCGCAACAAAGAUAAAGUUCACAGCUGUAGAGAAUCCUGAGAGUGACAGCCAGUUUUCAAAUAUCUCCUAUUCGUGUCAAGUGAGCUCAAAAGUCCCUUAUGAGCUACAAAAAGGACAAGCACUUAUCACCUUUGAAAAAGAAGAAGUUGCCCAAAAUGUGAUCAGAAUGGGGCACCAUCAUGUGCAGAUACAGGAUGUAAAUGUGAAGGUGAUGGCCAGCCCGGUUCCAUUAAACUCAGGAGUCAGAUUCCAGGUUCACGUAGGAGUGUCUAAAAUGAAGAUCCACGUUACUGACAUUCCUGAUGAACUGCCUGAAAGUCAGAUGAGAGACAAGCUAGAACUGAGUUUUUGUAAGUCCCGCAACGGAGGCGGAGAAGUGGACUGCGUGGCGUACGACAAGCAGUCCCGGAGCGCCGUCGUCACGUUUGUGGAAAGUGGAGUUGCUGACAAGAUUUUGAAAACAAAAGACUAUCCUCUUUAUAUAAAUCAAAACUGCCAGAGAGUUACUGUUUCUCCGUACACAGAAACAUACCUGAAAAAGUUUCAGGUAUUUUCAGGAGUAUCUAAGAAGACAGUGCUUCUGACUGGACUGGAAGACCUUCAGAUAAUAGAUGAAGAAACUGUAGAGGAUUUUAUUAACAUUCACUUUCAACGGGAGAAGAAUGGAGGUGGAGAAGUCGAGGUAGUCAAGUGUUCCCUUGGGCAACCUUACAUAGCAUACUUUGAAGAAUAGACUCAUGGAAUCAUAUGAAAAUUAGAGCUUUUGAACCCAAAUCACUGUUAAUGCUUGACAAAAAUGAAUAUCCUUUUCCUUAAAAAAA